GCCAUGAUUUUCGACGCCUGCGCAGUUCAUUGUUGUGAUUUUAACUGUAGAAAACAUGUCUGCCUCCAUGGUGCGAGCGACCGUCCGAGCGGUCAGCAAAAGAAAGAUAUUACCCACAAGAGCCGCGUUGACAUUGACUCCAUCAGCUGUAAACAAGAUCAGAGUGUUGUUGCAGAACAAGCCGGAAUACAUCGGUUUGAAGGUUGGAGUGAGAACACGUGGCUGUAAUGGACUGACAUACACUCUGGACUACACCAAGGACAAAGACAAAUCUGAUGAGGAAGUGCUGCAGGACGGUGUCAGGGUGUUUAUAGAGAAAAAGGCUCAGCUCACCCUCCUCGGGACUGAGAUGGACUUUGUGGAGUCGAAGCUGUCAAGCGAAUUCGUCUUCAACAAUCCAAACAUCAAGGGCACGUGUGGCUGCGGCGAAAGCUUCAACAUCUGAGCAUCAUGGAGCCUCCGCCACCCUCCCCCUGUACUCGCCCUGCUCCAAACCCCGUCCCAUCAUGAAAGACUGAGAGAUUGAAUAAGACAGACAUGAGGAAAUCUCUGAGAUGUGGACGUGCCUGUGUAUCUGCAACUGCUCUUCCCCGGACCACUAGCCUACACACACACUGGUUCAGAUUAAAGCUUAGACAAAGGUUUAAAUAUAGUCUGUGUAGUCAGAACCUUCACAAUACUUUGAUUUCAGGUUCAGAAACCUCUGAUAUAAACAUCAAAUGACCAUAUUUUUAUCUAGAGGCCGGCUGGCUGUCUACUCAUAUACACGCACAGUAUUUUUAGAAAUUCAAGUUUCACUUUACUUUGUAUGCAAGAGGAAGUGAUUCAACUUCGCCGAAGGCUUGCCUCAGAUUCAGGUUUAAGUUGGUAAAGCUAGGAGGGAGAAUAAGAAGUAUGAUACUAUCAAGUAUCCUGUUGUCACCCUCUAAAAUCCAAACACGCUGUUAACAACACUGUAGGACCGUGCACUAUCAUCCUGUUAUCAACCAGCAGUAUACAAAAGUGGAAGAGUUUGAGUGUCUGGUUUUCUUAGUUUGUAAAGUAUUUAUCUCUAUGUGUAAAUAUAAAGAAUGUAAAUCUCCCUUGAACCACACGAACGCACAAAAACCCACACACCAAACAUGUAUCCUUCACACGAGAGAGUACAUGAGGUUAAUGUCGGGUUAAUUUUUUUUGCUUGAUCAAAGCCAGAACUUUGUAUAAUAGAUUGUGUGCUCUUAAUAUUUGUAACUGUGCAAUAUGUCUGUGUACAUAUGAGAUAAUAAACAGAGAAAUCCAAC